AUGGAGACAGGUGGUGAAAGCACACAAUACGAAUCCAUCCGCACAGUCACAGUCACCCCUCCCAAGGACAAAGGACAACUCGGAGCAACCCAAGAAAGCACCAUCAGCCCACUCAAGAUCCUCUCAAAAGAUGAUAAUGGAGAGGAACAAUGCAAUAAUGGGGAACGAGCCGCAAGAGAUCCGACAUUGACGGGUCCGCAGACAGCGGGGAUGACAAGCGGUGUUUCGGGGGAGGUUGAUAAAGGUACAUGGAUAUUUUUCCCGGCCGUUUCUAAGAUUGGACAUAUGAAAGACUCGCAUGUGAAUCGUGAGAUUCUAGAUAAGAAGAAAGGCUAA